AUGAAUGAAAAGAGGCGAGAAAAAAGGGCGAGGAACAAGGCGGGUAAGCGAGAAAUUGGGGAAAAAGGCGAGAAAAAAGGCGAGGAAAGAGGCGAGAAAGUGAGAGUAAAAAGGGGAGAAAGCGAGGAAAAUUGUCCUCGCUUUCUCGCCUAUUUCCUCGCUUUCUCGCCUUUUCCUCCAUUUCUCGCCUUUUUCCUCCGUUUCUCGCCUUUUUCCUCUCACUUUCUCGCCUCUUUCCUCGCCGGGCGAGAAAUAGAGAAAAAGGGCGAGAAAGGCGAGGAAAAAGGCAAGGAAAAGAGCGAGGAAAAAGGCGAGGAAAAAGGCGAGAAAGAUAGAAAAAGGGCGAGGAAAAAGGCGAGGAAAAGGGCGAGGAAAAAGGGGAGGAAAAAGGCAAGAAAGCAAGGUCAAGAUGUCUAUGUAGUUAUGGAUUUUAAAUCGAGUAGUGAGAAAAUCAAUUCAGCAAUAGCUACCCUGAAACACGAACUGACAUUAAUGCGAGACCAAGAUUUACAGCUAUUAAAACAGUUAAUACAUAUUCACGAAACCAUAAGAAAGUUGAGUAAAACAAGGGGAGGUACACCUCGGCGGCCAGUUUCCUGUUCUUCCAGAGGGUUGAAUCUGUCAAAUGGUUAUAUGAAUGGCAGAAGACCACCUUUAGUCAGACAACAAUCCGAACCUUAUUUUUGUGCCGAAACAGGGUAUUAUCGCGGCGUGUCAACUUCUAGUACAGACGAGUAUUUUGAUUUUCCGGAUGAUGGUUUGAGUUCCGAAAGUGAAUUUGACGACAGUAUAUCAUCAAUAAAAUCCUUGAAACAUGUAGAAAGAUUACGGACAAGAUCGGUAUCAUUAAUAGCAACGGUACCUUUAAACUGUGAUGAACUGUCAUCUAAUGCAUGUUACAGUGACAUAUUAGAGAAAAAUAUAAAAUUAUGGAAAUUAUCACAGUCCUUGGAUAAAGAUUCAGUAUUUGAUGACGAUACAUUUAUUAUUGCCGAAUCUGAUGAAGAUAGAUAGUGCUUAAUUAUUUUAUCGUAUGAAGCAUGUUAAAAUAUGUGACGUCCUUUGUCUAACAUGUAACUCACUUUAUACCGGGAACUUCCAAAAGUACGCAUUUAGAAAACAUCAUUAUUAUGGAGAGUAAUCCCAAGUGAGGGCCUAAGAUGAUUUAUAACGAGACGUUAUCAGAAGAAGGUAAUCUUAUUGCAAUCUGCGUACAUUGUUAAUCCGGUGGUUUUUUUUUUAACAAUUAAGCUGUUGUCAUCUCUGCUUAAAAGCCUUUCCAUACUUGUAUCCAUCGACAUUAAUGGUCCAGUUUUACCGAUGGGUAAAAAAUAGACUUUUAUCAGUAACAGUGGGAUUUGGAAGAAAUACCAAAGUCUUGUAUUAGUGAAAUUUUUUCAGUAAAAUAAAAUGGAUUUGUAUUGGUG